GAGGCAGAUAAGGGUGGGGCUGUAGUUGUGUGGGGAAGGAAAGAUUAUUACGAUGAAGCUUAUAAUUAUCUUAAUGACCAGCAGGUAUAUGAGGUUGCUGAGUCAGAUCCUUUGGAUAGGGUUAAUUCUUUAAUAGAAGAAACGUUGGAUCCUUUG